UACUGGUUAUAGCGCUACCUGCAAACCAGUCGCCGGUACCGCCUGUACGUUCCAGAGCCUAUCUACUAGUAGGAGGUCAUGCAACCAGCUUCCAUUACAUGGCAUAACUCUCAGCCCCAUCCCCUGCCUCCUUCUACAUGUACCUUCUAGCUACCGCUAGCUGUAUUUAGAUAGUCGCUACAGUAUCCAACGACGAAGCGAAGCAAUGAAGCGUCUGAAUCUGAAUGGCAGUGGCGACACUUGCGGAUUGUUGUACGGGAGACAGGAAGAACUGGAGCAUCUGGAACAUGUGUGGAAUCAAGUCCUUAGCGAUUCUCGGGCCCGCCGUGUCCUUUUGAGAGGCUAUGCCGGUAUUGGCAAGACCAAGUUGGUCAAGACCUUUUUGGAGAACAAAUCUAAAUCUGCUGCUGCUGCAGUCCUCAUGGGAAAAUUCGACGCGAGCAGCAAAGUGCCACUGUCGGCCAUCUCGGACGCUUUGAGCCAGUGGUGUCAGGACAUGAUCGACACCAAGUCGGGACCAGAGCUGGUGGCCUUGAGACGCGAAAUCGCCGAGGCAGUGGGAUCCUCACCACAUCAACAGCAACAGCAGCAAUCACGGGCACUGCUACAAGCCAUUCCCGCUUUGGCGGCUUUUUUGGCGCCACAGUCACAGCACCACACCGACAACAACACGACAGCUUCCGAUGCCAAUACCACUACCAAUACAUCCAAGUCACGGCUUCAGCUAGAGUAUCAACUCCAGAACCUUCUCCAAAAGGUCAUUGCCACACCGGAACGACCGCUCAUUUUAUGGUGGGACGACGUGCAAUGGGCUGACGACGCCAGCCUGGAGGUCCUCAAAGGGCUGCUCAUGGACACACAGGCCAAACAUAUUCUAUUCAUUGGAUCCUAUAGAGAUGAUCACCACCAAGUAAUUGCAUCCACCACAAACACCACCAACUGUACUGAAACGGACGGCGAUUCCAUCCAAGCUGUUGUGUUGUCACCGCUGGAAACCAUGCUCCAACAAGUACAGGCGCACGGCGGUGGUGGUUCCACCACACUCAUUACGUUGCAAUUGGGCAAUCUGGAUCUACCCACCACACAACAAUACAUUGCCAAUGUCUUGCUGUUGGAACCAACCGAAGUCGAAGAUUUGGCACAAGCCAUUUUUGCCAAGACGCAUGGCAACAUUUACUUUACGCGGGCAUCGCUAUUGCUCCUCGAACAACGACAAAUUUUACAGUACUCUUACCAUACAUAUCGAUGGGAAUACGACUUGGCAAGAAUACAAACCGAAAUGGGAGUGUCUCGAAAUGUCGUCGAUGUCACACUGGCCAGUCUGCAUCUACUGCCAGGGGACGUACAACAGGCUCUGGCCGUGGCAGCUCUGGGGUUUUUGCGAUCGUCCUUUGAUUUGGAAACGCUGGGGGUGCUGCUCGAGGCGGUGGAACAAGGGACAAGUGAGGAGACGACAAACAAUCAGGAAACAUCUGAUACUAGUGGUGGUGAUGAUGAUGGCCAUGGAGAUGGUGACCAUGGAGAUGGUGACCAUGGAGAUGAUGAUCAGGCUCAUGAAAUUCAUGACGAUGCUCAAUCCACAGGCACCAAAACCAAUGGUUCUUUGCUGGAACGGCUGGAGAUUGCCGUCACGCAUGGGCUGUUGGAGAAUCUAGUCGGUUCCAACGUCUAUCGGUUUGUUCAUGAUAGAAUACGGGAGGGGGCACUUUGCAUAUGGGACGACGACACUAAUAAGCCACUACAGAACAAACAAACGGCAAGGAUUCGAAUUGGAAAGCGACUACUCGAGUUGUCGUCAUCACCAAUAAAGAAAUCUACGGGAGAGCAGGAUAGCAGCAGAAGCGACUGGAUGAUCUUUGCAGGACUUGACAAUCUGAAUUCCAUUGAACCAAUAUCCAAAGUUUUCUCUCAAACGGGCAUGUCACGGAUUGAGCUGGUCCAAUGGAACUUUAUGGCGGGGACCAAAGCUGUGCAAGGAUCGGCGUUUGCUUCCGCGGCUGCGUACUUGCAAAAGGCUCUCACUUUGGUGUCAACGAUUGAGGAACGAUGGCAGGAUGACGACAACGGUGCUGGGAACGAUAAAACCAAAAAAGAAGGGAACGACAAAACCAAAACGAACAAGACAUGCAAGGAAGAGACAACCAGCAUUUACCAAAUCUGUCUGAAACUAUACGUCAUGGCCGCCAAUGUGGAUUUCUGCCUUGGCAAUUCGGAUCGUGCCAGGACCACACUACAGGAAGUUAUUGACAGGGCACAUUCCGAACGCGACAAACUACCAGCCUAUAUCGAGAUGGCAGAGGGAUUGGGGCAAAAAGAGAUGCACGUAGAAGCACUGGCAAUGGAUCACAAGGCGAUGUCCGUCCUCAACCCAAGCUUCCCAAAAUGGUUCCUUCCUAUGCACAUGCUCGCGGAUAUGAAGUACCUCAAGAGCACCUUUCAGAAAAAGUCGGAUGAGGACAUUCUAAGCCUUCCCAUUCUUGACGACAGCGAUGAUCGUGUUCUAGCCAUGAAGGUCCUAUCGGGUAUGUGGAUUCGAGCCUACCUUAGUGGACAAAUGGUGACUUCGCUGUUGUGUAUGACUCGGGCACUGCGCAUGACGCUGGAGAAUGGUUUGUCUCCUCCGGGAGGUCUUGCCUUUGCUGCUUAUGGAUCCUUGCUCUGUGGCCCGCUGUCGGAAUAUAAGUCGGGCGUUCGACUCGGGUUUCUGUCACAAAAGAUUCUGAAACAAACCAAUGGAAGGGAGUUUGAAUCGAAGAUUCUCUUCACGGCAGCAGCUCACACUGAUGCCUGGGUUUUGCCGUUGACAACGGUGCAGGAGACUUUGAUGCGCGGAUUUACUUCUGGAUUGGAAAGUGGAGACGUCGAAUUUGCUGCAUUCAAUCUGCAAUACUACAAUAUCCAUGCGUACCUGAUGGGUCUCCCGUUGGAUCCCAUCAUUGAGGAAUCCGAAAAACUUAUCCAACUCAUCAACCAACACGAAGUCGAAUCGGUUCGUGCUAUUGUGCUACCGUUCCAUCAAAUGCUGUUGGAUAUUUCGGGCAGGACAGAAGAUCCAAUGGCAUGGGUCAAUGCGUCGGAAGGCAGAGAUCGAGGUCACCGAAAGUCCUCCAAGAACAAUAAUCCCUCGGAGAACGUCAAAAUCAUCUGGUCCUACUUUUCUCGUGGACAGUUGGCGUAUUUCUUUGACGAACCAGAGCUCGCCGACAAGAUCUGGACGAAACUCAAGCCGCUUCUGGCGGGCAUGGCGUCGUAUUCCGCUCCCUCCAUAAACAUCUUCAUCGGUGGCCUCAUUGCUGCUUCCAUGUUCCGCAAAACCGGAAAGCGCAAGUAUCGUGCCCAGGCUCAAAUGGCUGUUAAGGAAAUGAAGGGUCUGAUGGAGAAAUACAACACGGGGCUCAACCUCCUGCAUCGUUACUACAUUCUGAAAGCGGACUGCGAGGUCACAUGCGAAAAGUCCAAGAGUAGCGAGGAGAUCCGGAAAGUUUUCGACAACGCCAUCUCGGUAGCUUCGAAGGCCGGAUUUGUGCAAGACAAUGCCUUGGCUCACGAGCUUUGUGGUCAGCAUUUCGUGGACCGCGAUGACAUUUUUUGGGCCAAGCACUACUUGACAGCGGCACAUAACAUCUACGUGGACUGGGGGGCUUUGGCCAAAGCAGAACAUUUGUCGAAGACGCGCAGUGCAUUUAUGGAUCAUCACAACCCCAAUCAACGAAAGGCGUCGAAUCGAAUGUCCAUUUCCAAGAAGGGUCCUCUGAGCUCUCGAUUCUUGUCGUUGGAGGUCUCUUUAGACGACAAUCAGGACCAUAGCACCGUGACCCAAGAUGAGACUUCAGAUGGAAGGACCAUCAGCUCCUGAGUGGUUACUAUUUAUCGGGGCAAAGUGGUGUGCUUUCUAGCUAAUAGCGUUCCAAUCAUCCCAUGAGUCCCCUCUCGGACAAACACGGAAACAACUUUCUUGUGCAGCGAGCGCUUCGCGAGUUCUAUUUGGGAUUCCGUGUAGCAAUAGAUGCUGUUAGUAGGGUUCACUGAGGUUGGCUGCAUUAAAUACUCUUUGCUAGAAUCGAAUCGUAUG